AUGCUUCGCAAGCUAGCCCCGUGUAAUGUUUUUCAGGGUAUCACAGAGAGCUUUGGAGCUGCGAUCCAUGCCCUCAACACCUCACAGCUGACAGAUGGUGUGAUUAACAGGAGCAAAAGGAUGAUGCUGGACACCCUCGGUGUCGGACUAUUAGGAACCAGAACAGCUGUCUUCAAUAAGGCUCUGAAGUACAGUCAGUUGUUCACAUCGCGGGAAAGGAGCAGCGUUUGGGGUAAAUCGGACAUAAUUCUGCCUCCUCAUUACGCUGCAUUUGUUAAUGGCAUUGCUGUUCACUCCAUGGACUUUGACGACACUUGGCACCCUGCGACUCAUCCCUCGGGCGCCGUCCUACCUGCACUGCUGGCCCUGGCAGAGACACUUCCCAGCCAGCCCUCUGGUCUAGAUCUCCUGCUAGCCUUCAAUGUUGGCAUUGAAGUUCAGGGCAGACUGAUGAGGUUCUCCAAAGAAGCCUACAACAUCCCUGAAAGGUGGAUCAGUGAUUUCAGUUAAUCAGAAUCACUAUGUCAGGCUUGAGUAAAUCUUAUUGUUUUGCUUCUCAGAUUCCACCCUCCCAGUGUUGUUGGAGUGAUGGGCAGCGCUGCAGCCUCGGCUAAGCUCCUCGGUCUGACCCCUGAACAGUGCAGUCAUGCUCUUGCCAUAGCAGCCUCCUCUGCCGGGGCGCCUUUAGCCAAUGCUGCCACACAGACCAAACCUCUCCACAUUGGAAACGCUGCUCGGAGAGGCCUAGAGGCCGCUCGGCUGGCCCAGAUAGGACUGAAGGGAAAUCCAGCCAUACUGGAUUUGGACAGAGGGCUUGGUGUUUACUACAAAGACUACAGUCCCUCCGCUAUGGCGGAUUCUGCUGUGAGAGCAUAUAAAUGGAUUCUGGAAGAUCAGGACGUGGCAUUCAAACGCAUCCCCGCUCACCUCGGGAUGCACUGGGUUGUCGAUGCAGCUCUGGCAGCCCGGGAAAAGCUCCAAAACGCAGUCGGCAAAUUUGACCUCAGCCAGAUCCGGCAUGUCACACUUCGGGUGCCUCCAUCCAAGUACGUUAACUGCCCGUUACCUGCCACAGAGCACCAAGCCAGGCACUCGUUCCAGUUCAACGCCUGCACCGCGCUGCUGGAUAACAAGGUGACCGUGGAGUCUUUCGGCGACGCUCAUAUCGGCCGAUCCGCUCUGAAGGAGCUCCUGGGCAAAGUCAGCUUGGAGACGCCGGAAGAUAACCUGCCCAGUUUUGACAAGAUGUACUGCGAGGUCGAGAUAGCGACGCACCAGGGGCUGAGCUACACAGCCAGAUGUGACACUUUCUACGGCCACUGGAGGAAGCCUCUGACUCUGAAGCACCUGGUGGAGAAGUUCAGUGUGAAUGCUUCGUCUGUGCUGUGCACAGAGGGAGUGGAGGGGGUCAUUGAUGUUAUAGGAAACAUUGAAAGGGUGGCAGAGUGCUCAAUAUUGGGUUCAUAUCUGAGAAUGACAAGUAAUCAAGAGCGCCUUGACAGAAUGAGGAUUUUGUAAUUACACACUCAUAUCUUUAUAUGAAGCUUUGUAAUCUUUUCAAGAAAGUACGAAU